AUAUUAUAAACUCUCUCACACACACUCACAGAAACCACACAGAGGAAGAAGAGAAGAGUGAUAGAAAAAGAUGGCGUUGGCUCUUCGUAGACUCUCCUCUUCCGUUAAGAAACCGAUCUCUCGUCUCUACUCUAAUGGCGGCGACUCUCUCCGUUUCAUGUCGUCGUCUGUAUCAGCCUCAGCUAUGGCGGAUUCAGAGAAACCUCGUUCCAUUUGGAUAAAACAACUCAAUGCAUCUCUAGACGAAAUCGAUCCUGAAGUCGCUGAUAUUAUCGAAUUAGAGAAAGCUAGACAAUGGAAGGGAUUUGAACUUAUACCGUCUGAGAAUUUCACUUCUCUUUCGGUUAUGCAAGCCGUUGGUUCUGUUAUGACUAACAAGUAUAGUGAAGGAUACCCUGGAGCUAGAUACUAUGGAGGCAACGAGUACAUUGACAUGGCUGAAUCGUUAUGUCAAAAACGCGCGUUAGAAGCUUUUCAGUUAGAUCCUUCUAAAUGGGGAGUGAAUGUGCAGUCUUUAUCAGGAUCACCAGCUAACUUCCAAGUGUACACUGCUUUGUUGAAACCUCAUGAGAGAAUCAUGGCGCUUGACUUACCUCAUGGUGGACAUCUUUCUCAUGGUUAUCAGACUGACACGAAGAAAAUAUCGGCUGUAUCUAUCUUUUUUGAGACGAUGCCAUACAGAUUGGAUGAGAACACUGGUUACAUUGAUUAUGAUCAGCUAGAAAAAAGUGCCGUGCUUUUCAGACCAAAACUAAUUGUUGCGGGAGCAAGUGCCUAUGCUCGUCUAUAUGACUAUGCACGCAUUCGUAAGGUUUGUGACAAGCAAAAGGCAGUUAUGUUGGCUGAUAUGGCUCAUAUUAGUGGGUUGGUUGCUGCUGGCGUUAUUCCUUCUCCUUUUGAGUAUGCAGAUGUUGUUACUACUACCACUCACAAAUCGCUUCGUGGUCCUAGAGGGGCUAUGAUAUUCUUUAGGAAGGGAUUAAAAGAGAUUAACAAACAAGGGAAAGAGGUUAUGUAUGACUAUGAAGACAGAAUAAACCAAGCUGUAUUUCCUGGACUACAAGGUGGUCCACAUAAUCACACAAUAACGGGUCUAGCAGUUGCUCUGAAGCAGGCGAGAACACCUGAGUAUAAGGCCUACCAGGAUCAAGUUCUCCGUAAUUGCUCAAAGUUUGCUGAGACUUUGCUAGCAAAAGGAUAUGAUUUAGUGUCUGGAGGCACUGACAAUCAUUUAGUUUUGGUGAACCUGAAAAACAAGGGAAUAGAUGGAUCAAGAGUGGAAAAAGUAUUGGAAUCAGUUCAUAUUGCAGCAAACAAGAAUACUGUUCCUGGUGAUGUUUCUGCCAUGGUUCCAGGUGGCAUCCGUAUGGGAACACCGGCUCUCACAUCAAGAGGAUUCAUUGAAGAAGAUUUUGCAAGAGUGGCCGAUUAUUUUGAUUUAGCCGUCAAGAUAGCCUUAAAGAUCAAGGCAGAGUCUCAAGGAACAAAGUUGAAGGACUUUGUAGCAACAAUGCAAUCAAAUGAGAAACUAAAGUCAGAGAUGGCGAAGCUGCGUGAGAUGGUAGAAGAAUAUGCUAAGCAAUUCCCAACAAUUGGGUUCGAGAAAGAGUCCAUGAGAUACAAAGAGUAGUUUCAUCGAGUGGAUUGACACGUUUCCACAUCUAUGAGAUGAGAUGUUUAAGUUUGCAGAGAUCAAGUACCAGAGGCACCACCUUAAAGUAUCUCUGAAACUCAAAAAAUGGCACUCUCAUGUUGUCUCUUACACUUUCAUUUUUGUUUCCUCAUGUUUUGGUAAGUCAAUUAAAGAAAUUGUAAUGCAACUGUUUUUAAGGAUUGCUAUGAUGGAUUUACCCCAGAACUGUCUUAAAUAAGAAGUCGUUACAUUGCC